AUUGUUCAUUUUGCCUGCCACUGGGUUUCCGAUAUCAACCCUUCGGACAGCCAUCUGGUCCUUCUCACCCUGGAUGGCAAUGAAGCCGGUAAACUAACGGCUCGAGAUAUAUCGAGUAUUGCGGCGAAAAGUGCACAGCUCGCCUAUCUUUCGGCCUACUCCUCCGCCCAAAACCCUUCUUCUAAAUUGGCAGACGAAGUCAUACAUCUCGCGAGUGCCUUUCAGCCUGCCGGAUUCAGCCAUACCCUUGCAAACCUCUGGGAAACUGAUGAC